CAGGCGCAGAGCGAGAGUGGGGAAGAUGGCGGCGGUGGUGGAGGUGGAGGUUGGAGGUGCCGCCGGCGAACGGGACCUGGAGGAGGUUGAUCUUUCAGACCUGUCCCCUGAGGAACGAUGGAGGAUCGAGCACGCACGGAUGCACGCCAAGCACCGUGGCCACGAGGCCAUGCAUGCAGAGAUGGUCCUCAUCCUCAUCGCCACCCUGGUGGUGGCACAGCUGCUCUUGGUGCAAUGGAAGCAGAGGCAUCCACGAUCCUAUAAUAUGGUGACCCUCUUUCAGAUGUGGGUUGUCCCCCUCUAUUUCACAGUGAAGCUACACUGGUGGAGGUUCCUAGUGAUCUGGGUCCUGUUCUCUGCUGUUACUGCCUUUGUUACUUUCCGAGCCACUCGAAAACCAUUGGUGCAGACAACCCCGAGGCUGGUUUAUAAGUGGUUCUUGCUAAUAUACAAAAUCAGCUAUGCCACUGGAAUUGUUGGCUACAUGGCUGUGAUGUUCACCCUCUUCGGGAUUAACUUGUUAUUCAGAGUCAAACCAGAAGAUGCAAUGGAUUUUGGGAUCUCCCUUCUGUUUUAUGGCCUUUACUAUGGAGUCCUUGAGCGAGACUUUGCGGAAAUGUGUGCAGACUACAUGGCUUCCACAAUAGGGUUCUACAGUGCAUCAGGGAUGCCUACCAAGCAUCUCUCGGACAGUGUCUGUGCAGUGUGUGGCCAGCAGAUCUUCGUGGAUGUCAAUGAAGAGGGAAUCAUUGAGAACACAUACAGACUGUCCUGCAAUCAUGUAUUUCACGAGUUCUGCAUCCGUGGAUGGUGUAUCGUGGGAAAGAAGCAGACGUGUCCUUACUGCAAAGAGAAGGUGGAUCUCAAGCGGAUGUUCAGUAACCCAUGGGAGCGGCCUCACGUCAUGUAUGGACAGCUGCUCGACUGGCUCCGCUACCUCGUGGCCUGGCAGCCGGUCAUCAUCGGGCUGGUGCAGGGAAUCAACUAUACCCUGGGUCUGGAGUAACUCCAUGGAGCAGAAGGGAAGCCGAGGCGCAGGGGUCUGUGGCCAGCAGCCCGAGGUCCAAGGCCCUGGGCCAAACCAGCCCCCUCCCCUCAGCACAGCUGGCAAAGACUUCGUCAUCCUCUACAACCACUUCCGAACACUCGCUCCCUCAGCUCCAAGGACGACUCUUGUUUCUGGGGGUGUGGCAGUGAACCAGCCCAUGAGGGCUCCUGGACAGGGAGGUUCUUUUUAAAAGAAAAUUAUUUUAAUGACUAUAUUUAAAAACCUUUUUUAUUGCAAGAAUGUGAGGCAGUGACAACCACCCUCCCUUCCCCUCUCCCCACUUCUCUUACCCUUCCUCAUCCCUGUCUGCUGGCUUGAGAGCCCAAAACUGAAAUGGGAAACGUGUGGCAGAAACCUGAAAGAAUCAUCAUUCCAUCUCCCCUUUGGAGCGCUUUGUAACUCCCAAAAGAGGGUCUCCCCAGCUCUGGAAAGAGCCAUAGCCCUGCAUGAUAUGCAGAGUUGGAGGGUUUCCCUAACAGCUACUAUACCUGGAAAUCUGGGCCUACAUAAGGAAGUGUGUCCAAAUCCCCCUCUGUGGCUAAGCAGUGUUGUCAGUCAGGAUUUCUGGGUAUUAGCAUUCCAAAGAGCCAGCCAGACCAUGAGGUAUCUCUGCUUAAUGCUUCUUUGCAGAGGCUAGGGCUGCAGAGAUGAAAGGACCUACGUCUGCCAGAGCACGAGGCCACAUUGCCUUUUAUAUACUUAGCCACAGGAUCCCAUCUCCUCUUAAGGUGGUCACAUACCCAGAGAUGACAGUUGUGCACCUGGGUAAUGCUGGCUCUUCUGAGGUGCUCAGUUGGCCAGUGAUAUCUCCUUGGGUGCCUUCCCUUCUGGCCUUCAGCAGCCUCCAUCGAGUUGGGUGGGGCCCUCUUCCAGGGUAAAUGACCACUGCUUUGGACAUAGUUUUCCAAAUCUGUGAACCAUCCUUUCCCCCUGGAUCCUGUCCUGGCCCACCAGACAUACCCACAUGUAUGCAUCCACAUCCACCCUACCUCCUCAUCCCCACUUCUUGAUGUUUUCAAAAUUGGAAACCCAAGACUGUUUUAGUGGUUUGGAGAUCUCAGUUGAAAAUAGUUGCAUUCAGUGGUCCUUCUAUAGGCCUGGGGAGCAGCAUGGAGAGGGCUGAGCCUGCCCCUCAGGAAGAGCUAUCAUGACCUGACCAUGUGAAGUUACUCCUUCCUUUGGGAGUUCCUCAUUAUGGCCAGGUUUUUUGAGGGUGGGGUGGUGGUCUUUUUAUGUUAAUCAUCUGGCUAUGUAAGCACCCUGAAAGAACCAUCACUGUCCCUAAGUGGCUGGAGAGUUGUCCCCCACAGCUUUGUGGGAACCAGAGAAACCAAGGCGUUCGGGAACUGGAGAGAAAGUCCACACUGGGUCUUGAUUUGGGCCAGGGCAGGAAAGUCUGAAAGCGUGUGUGAUGAAGCAGGUUUUCAAAGUGAAAUUAGAAGUGACUGAUGUGCCAAAGGUCAGAAGGAAAUUAGGAUCUUGGAGCCAAAGCCAAAUCAUAUCCUUCCCCUAGUAAUGACUUUCCUAGAUUCUUGGAUCUGUGCUUAUGUUGCUGAGAAUAGGCCAACCCAGGGAGGGAAUCCCCGACGCAAGGGCUGGGUACGUUUGCUGCUUGGCCUGGCUCUUUACUGGGCCAGUAACGAGGGCUGUGAGGGGAGAGGGAAGUUACUUUCAUGGGCUCACAGACUAGAAAGCUGGCCAGUCAUCAGCUGUGCAUAUCUGGAUUAUCAUCAGCAUCCCUGAGCAGCCUAAGAUUUGGGGGUAGAACCCUCAAUAGGAAAAGCGAGCUUGAGCCCCACAAGGCUAGAAAGACUGGGGUGACAGCUUUUAGACAGUGCCCACACCAUGCUUCUUGAGGUCAGGAGUCAUUGGUCCAGUUUAGGAGGAGCAUUGAACCAGAGAUAAGAGAAAGGAGAGGACAGAGGAUGGCCCCUUAAACUGGGGACAUCACCCCCCCCAAUUGAAGAAUCUCCUGGCCUUAAGGAAUCCCUAAAGAUGCCAGAACUCUUCUUUCUCCUUUCCCACAUUCAGUUCUCAGGCUAGCUGAGGCUGCCACUAGUUUUAGGGAGGAAAGAAGAAGGAGCACCACAUGUCUGCCUGGGCUUCUGCACUAGAGGCCACAUCCCAGGCUGGACACCCCCCUCCCCCCCCCAGGGAGGGAGGGCUGUUAUUAAUAGGUUUUUCUUGUUACUGUUGUUGCAGUUGUUGUCGGGGUAGGGGGUGGGAAUCAUGGGAGGGCAGAAGCCAGACUGGGAAGUGGGGAGCCCUCAGCUUUUGGGGUCAACUCCAGGGCCUGGAGCCUGUCCCCUAGGGAGGUGGUGGGCCCACGCUUUCUCACAACUCCAGUUUUAAUAAAACCCAGUGAGCUGAGAGAAAUUCCUGAGUUCCUUUUCCUUGGCUUCUCCCAUCCCCUCAAUUCCAGGAAGAAAGACUGAACCUCGCUGGCACAAUGCCACCGCGUUCAGAAUCUUCUGCCUGCUUCCAUACCAAUGAGGCACGGGUUCAUUUGUUCAGGGCUUACAAGAUACUGACCAAACACAGAAUCGCUGUAACCAGAGGAAGAGGUGCAGUCCAGGGCUGUUUUCCCUGGAGACAGGGCCAACCAUCAAUCUCUGCACCAGCCUGUUCCUGCCCACCUAGGGCUCUCCCUAAACCUCUAUGCUUCAGGCCAAACAAGUCACAGCCUCACUGGGUCUCAGUUUGUUCAUCUAUAAAAUGAGGGCUUGGGACUAGAUCUUUGAGUCUGUGAUCGAUAUGUAUUAUUCAAGUGAUGAUUCUGCCAAAGUUGCCACCCGAACACCUAGCUAGCUAUCCCUUCCUGUGGUUACUCAUGUCCUCCCAGUCAUUGUUCCUGGAGUACGCUGAGCUAGUCUUCACUCCCCCAAGGACCAGAUUUCUGUUGCUGCCCCCAGCUUACCCCCUGCCUAUGACUACAGUCAUAUUGGGGCUAGGGGAUUCGCUAUGUAGUACAACCUUUAUUUACAGAACCAUCUUCUAACUUCAUCAGAGAUAAUGGGAAGAGCUUAUUCAGUGUCAAAACCAUUGAUGGAGGCUCUGGGCCCUGCCAGUAUGAUGGGGAAGCUCCUGAUAGGUUUUGCAAUGGAAAACUCAGAAUGAUGUCCAAGCAAUUGGAAGCAAAACAAAGACAGGUUGGUAAAUAUACAUGGAGUGGGAGGAAGCCAUGGAAGGUUUAUUGGAAGAGGGAACAUGGGAACUGACCCUCAAAUGAUGAGUAGGUGCUGGGUGGGAAAGAGAAUGAAGGACAUUCCAGGUUGCAGAGUGGAGGUGAAGGGGAGGAAGCAAAGAUGGAGAAGUGGAACUUGACUGUGGUGCCUGAGAAGAUACUGACCUGAGGAAGAUGUGAUAAUAAGCCCAAAAAGGGAGACUGAAACCAGACGGUAGAGGUUUUUGAUCCUGGCUGUCUGAACUUUACCAAAAUUGGCAUGAGAUUUCUUAUAUGCUUGAGUUCCAUUUCCUCAUCUACUCAGAGUUCCCCAGGACACCUGAUCCAACCAGGCACAAAGGGUGCUGGGGCUGUUUCUGGGUACUGGAAGUUUGGAGGAAAAAGGGAUACAUUACUGCCCUUGAGAGACUUAAAAUAUAUUUAGGAAAACACAAUUCAAGAUGGGUUGGCGUUAUGUGGGACCCAGAAUUGCUGGGAUUACGGUAGAAGGACAUCUAAGGCCUCUCCACACCAGCUGGUGGAGCUGGCCAGACGAGUGUGAUGGGAGAACCUCUUCAAUCCCUACCUCAGCCCUCUUUACCCCACGUCCAUCUUCCCAUCACCACAGUUGUGACAAGAUUGGCAAAGGAAUUGAGGUUAAGAACCAGAAACAUGGAGAGGGCAACAGGAGUGAUCUUUUAUGCCUGAUGGUUACUGGGCAGGUGGACAUGAGGUAUGAGGCAGCAUCAGGAAGCUCCCAGACCCAAGAGGGAAGCAGAACAGUGGGGAGAGAGUCACACCUUCAAUGUGUGAUAAGGCAGCAGCAGAGCCCACCUAGUCAGCAAGAGAAGCCCUCUCGGAGGGCAAGACAGACAUCCCCACAGGAGACGCUGGAUAUGACUGUGGAAACUAUUGCUGAAUAAGGCCGCCAAGCGAUAAAAAUGUUCCCUCUUUGCACUGCAGUGGGAGUCUCUGGCCAUCCCCCUGAAUCAGUAUUCCAGGGCUGACGUCCAUCUGGCCAGUGCUCAAGGCUUUCGUAUCUGAGAGGAAGCCUCCAGUCACUGGCUGACCCCCUGACGUGACUGGACACCCCAGCUGGAAGACACUGGACUCACGCUCACCCUCAGACUUGGCUGGACUAUACAGGCACCCCCUUGGGUAGCAUUUUAUGUGGGUGUGUUUUGGGGAGUUGGAAGGGAGUCUGAGAGUAAAGAUGUGUCGUGUAUUUGUGAAACUAA